UAAAAAGUAGCCAUCGCUGAUGGCGAAUACCAUGGACAGCGACCACGGAGUGUGCACGUCCAGGAUCUUGUUGCAUUGAAUUUAGAACGUUUUCGUUGCUGUCCCACGUGGGUUUACUUGCCAGCCUAAUGUAAAGCAUUGUGUAGGAGAUAUAUCGAGCCAGCAGCGAAAAGCGAAAUAGCGUAGCAGCGAAAAGCGAAAUAGUGUAACAGGGUGACGGCAAUUCAGCCAUCAGGAGCCAACAUCUGACUGUAGCCUAUAGACGAUAGAAAGAUAUCAGCGAGAUUUGAUCACUUGACAUGGAGACUAUUCUUAACUCAAAAUGUGCACAUUUUCUCCAAGAGCUCAAAUAAUCAGAUGGUGGUAUAGCCUUCAUCAUUGCAAUUGGGGAACACUAAUCAAAAUGUGUCAUGCAUCCUUAUUUCACAAUCUCCACUACAACAAGGUAAAGUGCGCUCCUUAAGACAUCGAUAUUCUGUUAACUGAUUGAAUUGAGCAAGUUAACUCCGCAUGUCAACCAGAUAAAGGGCAAAAUAAUUUCACAUCACUGAGAUCUAAAUGCAAUGACAGAUUCCACUGCGUCAUGCAACGCGACCAUUAGGCUUCAUCCGCAAUCAUGUAGGCUAAUAGGCUAUUAAUCAUAAAGUUGUACAUUUUCUGCGUUCCGACAGCGACUGCAUUUAUGAAUACUCUAUAUGAAGGCCUGCAUUGUAUACUUUCCUAGAGUGUAGUAGGUGAACUUGUAAGAUAGGCUAACUGUUAUAGUAUACUGCCUAUAUGCUGUACGACGUUUGGAGAAAAGCACGUUAUAUUCACACCGCUGACUUCAGCCGAACACGAACCCCGGUUCACUCCAGCAGGAAUCGCCUCUACGAGACAAUCUAUCCGCAAUGGCCAGGCUGCGGAAGAAAACGUGCAUAGCUCUGUUCUUAUUUACACUCUUCGUUUUCGGAACCAUGAUGGGUUUGAGAACUCUGAAGCCCAGCGAUGGGUUCUCGGACCUGGCCCCGGGGUUGGGCCUCCUGCCGAUGAUUGGAGGAAGGAUGGACCGGCGCUCGGUGUCCCAAGACGCCGUCUCCUCCCCGGGGCAGGUACGCGCCAAAGUAGUUUUAUCAAACUCUGGACCUGAAGGAACAAUAUUUUACGACGUCCACAUAUUUUACAGCGUGUGGUACGGGAACCCGUCGAUGGAUGGGAAAUACAUGCACUGGGACCAUAUCCUCGUGCCACAUUGGGACCCCAAAAUUGCCGCCAGUUACCCUAAAGGGAGGCAUAUGCCACCGGAGGACAUCGGCUCCAGUUUCUACCCUGAGCUCGGUCCGUACAGCUCGAGAGAUCCGGAUCUAUUGGAGUCACACAUGGAGCAGAUUGGAGCGGCUGCUGCAGGGGUGCUGGUGCUGUCCUGGUAUCCUCCGGGCCUGGCCGAUGACAACGGGGAGCCCACAGAGGACCUGGUGCCGGCCGUCCUAGACGCUGCUCACAGACACAACCUCAAGGUUGCAUUUCACCUCCAGCCUUACAGAGGGCGGAGUGACCACAGUGUCCAUGACAACAUCAAGUAUAUCAUCGACAGGUACGGGGACCACGGAGCAUUCUACAAGUUCACCUCUAGCACGGGGAAUAUCCUGCCUCUGUUCUACAUUUAUGACUCGUAUCUGACGCCGCCCGAGAACUGGUCCGACCUGCUCCACCCCACGGGCUCCCACAGCCUGCGUGGCACGCCGUAUGACAGUGUCUUCAUCGCCCUCAUCGUGGAGGAGCGCCACAAGCAUGACAUUCUUGCCGGUGGUUUCGAUGGCAUGUACACGUACUUCGCCUCCAACGGGUUCUCUUUUGGUUCAUCCCACCAGAACUGGAAGGCGGUCAAGGCGUUCUGCGACGGUAACAACCUGUUAUUUAUACCUAGCGCCGGGCCGGGCUACAUCGACACCGCAGUCAGACCGUGGAACAACCACAACACGCGCAACCGAGUCAACGGCCGCUACUACGAGACAGCCUUGCAGGCGGCGCUGAACGUGCGGCCCGAGAUCGUCACGAUAACGUCGUUCAACGAGUGGCACGAGGGCACGCAGAUCGAGAUGGCUGUGCCAAAAAAGACGGUGACCAGGUUGUAUUUAGAUUACCAGCCGCACCAACCUGAGCACUACCUGGAGCUCACCAGGAGGUGGGCAGAGCAGUUCAACAAGGAGAAAGAGACAUGGCUCAUGUGAACUGGCACUGUGUGUGUGAAAGAGAGAGAAAAAGCACGAGUGACUGUAGAGGUUUAUGAAUGUGUGAGAGACAAGUGCGUGGGAAUUGGACUGGAGAGAAAAAAAAGAGAGAGAAAUGCUAAUUUUAACUUUUUUGGGGGGGUGCAAAAUUGCAUUAUGUUGUAUAUUUGGGAUAUUCUACAGUUGACUCUUAUGUGCAACAGAAAGCUCCCCGUCCUGCUUGCCAUAUCUCUGCCCUGGAUCUUGCCUCCUGAUAACCUCCAGACAACCCCCAUCCUCACUACCAGCAUGGAUGGACACGUCAAUAGUCUAAUAUACUGUACACAGUACACUCUGUCCUACUUUGACAAACCACUGUCCAAUGUAACCAUCUGUUUGAUACAAUGCACCCUGGCAUGACUUUUCUUUCUGCACAAUCCUUUUAAGUUUUAAAAUGAUAAUCCCAAUAAAAAUAGACCAGGUGACA